UCCUGAUUUUUCAUUAUUGUUUCUCAUUUAUCAGUCUGCAAGUGUCAACUCUAGCUCCUUGCACGGAGAGAGAGAGAGACAGAGAGAGACAGAGGCUAUGGAAGGAAGCACAAAAAAGACGGGGAAAGAUCUUUUUCGUGUUAUUUAUAAAAUUCCUGCUGGUGAUGGCCCUUAUGUCAAAGCCAAGCAUGCUCAGUUGGUUGAAAAAGAUCCAGAAGGAGCAAUAGUAUGGUUUUGGAAGGCAAUAAAUGCAGGAGAUAGAGUAGAUAGUGCACUGAAGGACAUGGCUAUCGUGAUGAAGCAAAUAGAUAGAACUGAAGAAGCAAUUGAAGCUGUUAAGUCAUUUAGAGGCCGUUGUUCAAAACAAGCACAAGAAUCACUUGAUAACGUCCUUAUUGACUUGUACAAGAAAUGUGGGAAGGUAGAGGAGCAAAUAGACUUGCUGAAGAGAAAGCUAAGAAUGAUAUAUCAAGGAGAGGCCUUCAAUGGCAAACCUACAAAAACUGCUCGCUCUCAUGGCAAGAAGUUCCAAGUUUCUGUCAAGCAAGAAACCUCCAGAUUAUUGGGAAACUUGGGCUGGGCCUAUAUGCAGAAAUCAAACUUUUUGGCAGCAGAAGCGGUGUAUCAGAAAGCCCAAAUGAUCGACCCGGACGCGAACAAAGCUUGCAACUUGGGCCUUUGUCUUAUAAAGCAAGCCCGAUUCGAUGAGGCCCAGUUUGUUCUCCAAAACGUGAUGGAAGGAAGAUAUCCUGGUUCAGAAGAUAUCAAGUCAAUAAAAAGAGCUCAAGAAUUGUUAAGGGAAGUGGAAACAAAAAUGCCUUCACCUGAGCUAACAGGUAUAUUAGGGUUUAAUCUUGAUGAUCAUGAUUUUGUUAAAGGGCUUGAGGAAAUGAUGGAAGAAUGGGCACCAGCAAGAUCAAAGAGACUUCCCAUAUUUGAACAGAUCUCUUCAUUUAGAGAUCAAUUAGCAUGCUAGUUCUUUCUUUUUCUGUGGGUUUGUGAGAUUGGAGUUGGGUUUGUUUUUAUAAUUUAUCAUUGUUUAUAAGGGUAGUGUUGUAAUUAUAUAUAUUUAGAAAUUAGAAUUGUUGUUUGGAAGAGCAACAAAUAAGCUUGGGUUUUGUCAAUCAAGUGGUGGUUUAAUUGGUCUUUUCACUUAUGUGAAAAGUGAGAGGACUCGACUUCUAGUCCUUUCGACCACAAUUGUUUUCAUCAAUUUAGUGAGUCAAGUAAAGGGCUACCUCACAAAAAUUGUUUUCACCAAUUUGGUGAGUCAAGGGAAUGACUAUCUUAUUGUGUAGCUCGCAGAGUUAUUGCAGUUUAUAAAUAAUGAAUAAAUUCAAUGAUUUUUUAAUGAA